UCCCGUGAUGCGUACAGUUGACAUUCCUCCACCAAUGGGAGCGUUACAUCUUCAUUCGUCUAGCCAAUAGAAGCACGAAGUGAAGAACCCGGCAGCUCUUUUUGAUGACGUAUGUGAUCUGAAGCACAAAACCUCGUGAAAAUGCUUUUCUACUCGUUCUUUAAGUCCUUGGUUGGCAAAGAUGUUGUGGUGGAGCUUAAGAAUGACUUGAGCAUUUGUGGAACAUUACACUCGGUUGAUCAGUAUCUGAACAUCAAACUGACCGAUAUCAGUGUCACUGAUCCAGAGAAAUAUCCACACAUGUUGUCUGUGAAGAACUGCUUUAUCCGUGGAUCUGUAGUGCGAUAUGUUCAGCUUCCUGCGGAUGAAGUGGACACACAGCUGCUGCAGGAUGCUGCGCGCAAAGAAGCUAUGCAACAGAAACAAUAAUGUUUACAUUUGAGAAUAGUUUUUUUUUGUUGGACUGUUCACAAUAAUCCUCUGUGGAGCCUUGUAGAUUAAAUGUUUUUUUUUUUUUUUUCCGAAUUUUGUAAAGUUUGUUUUUUCCCCCUAAAUAUUCAUUUACCUCUGUUGUCAUGAGGCCCAUUAAUGAGAGAGAAUAACUUUUUUGAGUUAGUAGUGGUUUUGUGCUUUUAAUAAUGUUUGGAAGGUUCUGUAUUGCAUCCAAAUGACUUUUGAUUUAGUUAAGUUCUUUGACCUACUAAUACAGGAAUAAAGUAUUUUCUUCCACGGUC